AUGACGAUGGCACUGAUAGACUGGUUACGAACGCGAUUGGAUGUAAUUGAUCUGAUUGUUUUAACUAUCAUACUGCUAACAACGGUAUAUUAUUCAUGCAAGUUAUGGAUCAAAAAAACCACUGAGUUCACAUCAACUGUUCUGCCACCAUACAUUUCUUCCGAAAGUUCGUUUGAUCGACAAACUUCAUUUGUUGCACGUAUGAAAUCGGAGGAACGGAAGGUCUUAAUUAUUUAUGGUUCACAAACCGGAACAGCUGAGGAAUUGGCAGGUCGUCUUUCUAAGGAUGUUCAGAAUUAUGGUCAGAAGGCUUUUUUACUCGAUCCGGAGGAAAUGAAUGUUGAAGAUUUUGAAAAAAUCAAAGAAAUUCCUGGUGUUCUUCUGAUAUUGUGCAUGGCAACUUACGGUGAAGGCGAUCCGACAGAUAACGCGCAGGAAUUUUAUCAGCAUGUUUUGAACACAGACCUUGAUUUGACAGGCGUUAAUUUUGCUGUUUUUGGCUUAGGUAAUAAAACAUAUGGACACUUCAAUGAAAUUGCGAAAUAUUUCAACCGACGAAUGGAAGAAUUCGGUGCUACACGUAUUUACAGUCUUGGCCUCGGUGAUGAUGAUGGAAAUUUGGAGGAGGAUUUUAUGAAAUGGCGAGAAGGCUUUUGGUCUACUGUAACAACUAUAUUUGGCUGGAAGAUUGCUGAAACAGAUUUAGUACGGCAAUAUCGCCUUGAAAUUGUGGAGGAUUUCUCGGUUAAAUUAUUUGCUGGGGAAUAUGGCCGCUUGGGAUCAUUUGAAAAACAAAGACCACCCUUCAACCAGAAGAAUCCUUUUGUCGCUACCAUCAGUGUUAAUCGUGAGUUACAUGGUAUAAGCAGUGAUAGAAGUUGUCGUCACAUCGAAUUUAUUAUCAAUGAAGCAAGAAUGAGGUAUGAAGUAGGUGAUCACUUAGGCGUUUUCCCAACAAAUGAUCCGGUCUUGGUGGAGGAAUUGGGACGACUGCUUGGCGCCGAUAUGGAUCUACGUUUUAGUCUGGUUAAUCUUGAUGAGGAAAACCUGAAAAGGAAUCCGUUUCCAUGUCCGUGUACAAUAAGAACUGCAUUCACUCAUUACGUUGAUAUCUGUGCACCAGUUAAAUCUAAUGUUCUAAGAGCUUUGGUUUCUUUCACAAAUGCUGAAAAUGAAAAAGAACGUCUUUUAUUGUUGAGCACAGCUAAUGAGCAAGGUUUGAAGGAAUAUGGGAAUUAUAUUCAGAAGGAAAGGCGCUCUAUCAUUGAUAUUCUUCGUGCGUUCCCGACAUGUAAACCUCCAGUUGAUUAUGUUCUAGAAUUGUUGCCUCGUCUUCAGCCACGUUAUUACAGCAUAUCAUCAUCAUCCAAAUAUAGUCAUAACUCUUUGGCUAUAACAGUUGUUAUAACAAGGUAUAUGAUCGGCGAUCGAUUAAUCAAAGGAGUUUGUACCAACUUUCUGCUUCAAAAAGGUGAGGGCUCCAAAGUACCGAUAUUUGUUAGAAAAUCAACAAUGCGACUGCCAAAUCGAUUGAAAACACCAGUUAUUAUGAUAGGUCCUGGGACAGGUUUUGCUCCAUUUCGAGGUUUUCUUCAGGAGCGAAGCUGGCAAAAGAAACAAGGCCAAGACAUUGGACCGAUGAUAUUAUAUUACGGUUGUCGACAUCCGGAACAUGAUUACAUUUAUGAAGAAGAACUAAAGAAGUUCAUUCAAGAUGGUGUACUUUCUGAAUUACACACUGCCUUUUCUAGAGUUACCGAAAAAAAAAUUUAUGUGCAAGAUCAAAUUUGGAAAAAUCGCGAAGCGGUAUGGAGAGCUGUUGAAGAUGGUGCAAAUAUUUGUGUGUGUGGCGAUGCACGCAAUAUGGCACGUGAUGUGCAAAAUACAUUCAUACGAAUAUUCAUGGAGGUUGGUGGGAAAACCGAAAUCGAAGCGCAGAAAUUUCAAAAAGAUUUGGAGCGGAAACGAUGUUACGAAACAGAUGUUUGGUCUUAA